AUGGAAUCGAAUCAGCCUGCAGGGGCAGCGCAGUUGAUUCCGGAUGGACAAAUUUGCAAGAAUCCGAAGGGGCAGAUUUGCAAGAAUCAAACCGACAACCCUGCACGAAGAAGCAAAAGAAAGAGGAUAAGUGAGUUACCUGAUGACGUCAUCAUCAAUAUUCUCUCAUUCUUACCCUUGAGAGAUGCUGUUUCCACUGGCCUUCUUUCAUCCCGAUGGUUGGAUUUGUGGAAGUACACUCCUAAUCUAGACUUUUUCGACACUGACUAUAUCUAUCGAGAAAAGAGUGACACAGAGCAUGGUUCGUGGGAUGUGGGGACAUGCAAGCAUGUGAAGAUGGUGAAUUCGGUUCUUGAAUCGCAUCAAGCCCUCUUCCUGAAACAGUUCAGGCUUCAUUUCUACGCAAACAAGUCGGCACAAAGCGUAGUCACCAAAUGGCUCGGAUUUGUGUGGUCGAGACAAGUCGAGAGCUUGGAUUUGAACUUCCGGUGUGAAAUGCUAAAUUAUCAAGUUGUGUUAGAAGAUUUGUUGGGAGAGAUGAGACCAAUGAAAUAUCUCCAGAAUUUGUCUCUAACGUUGAUGCAAUUAAGGGGUGAAGACAUCUCCUUGUUCCUAAAAAAUUGCCCUUUCCUGAGGAAAUUGAGAAUCGAAGAAUCAUUUUUGACGUCUGAUGUUCGUAUCUCUGGGGCAACCCUCGCGCUGGAGGAUCUCCAUAUAUCUGGAUGCAUCUUUUCGGAGUCCUUUAUAAUUAAUAUUUCUGCUCCAAAUCUUUCUAUAGUUAGUGUUGAUGCAAGACCGGGCCAACUACGGUUCAAGAAUGUUCCAAGACUUGCCGACGCAUGUUUUCUAAUACAAGAUCCAAGCUAUACAAUGCACCAUUUUACUUCUGCGUUAUCAUGCUUGACUUCCCAACUCCAGAAACUUACAUUGCAUGGUGCCGUCGACAACCUUUUGGGGAAAGGGUUUCCUCGACUGCCAAAUCUCAAAGAAUUGAACGUUGGUGACCAUACCUGUCUUUUGCCAUUCACUUAUGUGAUAUCGGCAUGUCCCCGUCUUCAGUGCUUCACUAUCACGUGUUUUGCCGAAGAUGAUACAACAUAUUGCGAAAGAGAUAAAGAGCUAACUUUUAAAGGAUCUUGUGCGGCAAAUAUCAUCCAAUCUCUGACGUAUGCUUUUGACUCUCGAGAUGUAUACUUUUUGAAGAUCAAAUGGCCCAAACAUCAUGUGUGGGUCUUCAAGAAUGUCAUCAUCACCAUUACCAUCAAUAUCACCAUCAUUAAGACUGUGAGGUCUCCAUAUCUUCUCCCAUCUCAAACUGCACCUCUUGCAUCAUCAAGACUGAGGUCUCUGCUGUCACGAGACGCGGAAUCUAGAUCACGACCAAUGACCAUGGUAUGCAAGGUCUAG